CUUAACAAAGUACACAGAGGCUAUCGAUUUAACGCGUUUUUUAACCUAUUCAACUGUCAAAUUUUGACAAUAAUGGUGUUAAAGUGUGGAGUUUAUGGCUGCUCAAACAAAGCAGACCGAGAGGAAGGCUUACAAUACUUCAGAUUACCUGCUAUUAUUACGAAUCAAGGCUCAUUAGCUGAGAAACUGAGCACAGAGCGACGACAUCAAUGGCUUGUAAAACUCAACCAAAACUUCGCCGAUAAGAACCUGGGAAACCUCAGAAUCUGUUCUGAACACUUCGUAACUGGUAAAAAGGCAGAGCUCCAUAACAAAGACAACCCAGACUGGGUACCAAGUCUGAAACUAGGAGGGCAGAAGGUGACAACACCAAAUCCUGGUUUCAUUUCUCCACAGCUGGGCAGGUACAACCGAAUCCAGCAGAGGACCAAAAGGAAGCUAGAUUUAGAAUGAGAGUAAUAGAAUGACUUGCACAAACAUUUGUUCUUAAUGACACUGAUAAAAAUCAACACAUGAUAGCAUAUUCAAAUGAGUCAUUCUCUGGGUAAACGGGUCUAAAUGCAUGAGCGUAAAGCGUCGUCUCAGAUUAGCCUAUGCAAUUUACACUGGCUAAUGAGGAACAAACAACUACACUUUCCGUCAAGACUGUAAUUUUGCUAAAUAAAUAUCGAGCCUUCCUUUAAAUGAAAAAUAUGCAUAAAGCGAAAUGUUGUCCCAUAUUAGCCUGUGAUGACUGAACAGACUAGUCUGGGACGACACUUUAGGCGCAUGCAAUUGGUCCAGUUUUUUCAGA